CUAAAAUAUUUAAAUAACAAAUUUUCUCUUCCACUUGCUGUGGACUUUUUCAAGAUGCGAUCUUUAUAAAUGGCUCCACUUUCCCCCAUUCAACCCGCUCACUUCUCUCUCUAUUUCCCUCAUCGAAGAAACGGAGAGAUCCAUGGAUAACGGAGCAAGGCAACCUCACAUUGUCUUUUUCCCCAGUGCCGGCAUGGGCCACAUUUUACCCAUGGCCGAGCUCGCCAAACUCCUCGUCGACCGCCACCACUUCACCGUUACCUUCAUCACCUUUUCCGAACACUCGAACAAAACACAGGACGCUUUCCUAGCCUCCCUCCCUUCCUCCAUCACUUCCAUUUCCCUUCCCCCAAUCCCUCUCUCCGAUCUUCCCGAAAAUUCCGCCGUUGAAACCCGUAUGUCCAUUGCCGCAGCCCGCUCAGUCCCUCACCUGCGCUCCCUCCUCCUACCCCUCCUGUCCUCAACGCGUCUCGUCGCCUUCAUCGCCGAUCUCUUCACCACCACCGGCUGCGACGCCGCGAAAGCCCUCAAAAUUCAACAUUUCAUCUUCAUCCCCACGAAUUUACUCUUCGUCACCCUCAUGCUCCAUCUCCCUGCUCUCAACGCUGAGCUCUCCUGCGAUUUCUGGGAGCUCGAGCAGCCAGUUCUCCUUCCCGGCUACCCCCCCAUCCCCGGCACCGAAAUCCUCCACCCGCUUCAAGACCGGAAGAACGAAUGCUACAGAUGGAUGCUUGAGCACGCCAAGCGUUACCGUGAAGCGGAAGGCAUUUUGGUAAACACCUUCGACGCAAUCGAACCAGAGGCCGCGAACCUUCUCAAGAAAGAAGAACCAGGUCGGGCCACGCUGUACGCCGUCGGCCCGCUGAUUCGCGCUCACGCAGUCUCCGGCGAGGAAGGUGCCCACUGCUUAAGAUGGCUCGAUUCACAGCCAACCGGAUCCGUUCUUUUCGUCUCCUUCGGCAGCGUGGGAUCUCAUUCAACGGAGCAACUAGGCGAGCUCGCGCUGGGAUUAGAGGCGAGUGGGCAACGUUUCCUCUGGGUUGUUCGAACCCCCGUCGAUCUAAAUUCUGUUGGGUCUAAUUACAUCGAGGCGCAGAGCGCCGACAACCCAUUAGCGUAUUUACCUGAAGGGUUUUUGGAGCGGACAAAAGGAGUUGGCUUGGUGGUUCCUUCCUGGGCACCGCAAGUGGAUAUUUUGGCUCAUUCUUCAACCGGUGGAUUUUUGUCGCACUGUGGAUGGAACUCGACCUUGGAGAGCAUGGCGCGUGGCGUGCCGAUGAUUGUUUGGCCGCUAUUUGCAGAACAGAGGAUGAACGCGGUCAUGAUGGUGGAGGGAGCGAAGGUGGCGAUGAGGUUAAAGGCGAGGAAAGAUGGAAUUUUUGACAGAAAGAAGAUUAGCCGGGUUGUGAAGAACUUGAUGGAGGGGGAGGAAGGUGAGAGGCUGAGGAAGAGCGCAAAGGAGCUUCAGGCGGAGGCGGCGGCCGCGAUGACUGAAGGUGGUUCGUCAUCGGUAGCGCUGGCGGCGUUUGCGGAGAAAUUGAAGAGUUUCCCGACGGUGUAGGCGGCGGCGGUAAAGCUACAGGUAGCUGUAGUUGUGGGAAGCAAGCCAGCAAGGAAGAUAAUAAUUCUAAACUUUGUAUUUUUUUAGUAUGCGAAAUAAUAUUUCUGGGUAUCGGUAUUUUAAUUCUUAUAAUAUUUUUGGAAAUUUUUAUUAA